AGAAGAAGAAGACACACUCCGACGCAGCAGGUGGCAGCAUACACAUUGUCAACACUAAAGAGGAAGAAGCUAGUUUCUUUAGCAGAAUUAGUUGUCGGACCAGUUCUGUAGUUGGAGUGUACUGUGCAGAGAACGACAGAAUAGGAGAAUAUUGGGAGCAAAGCCAGAAAGUCUGUGGAUAUACACCGACUGAUCACCAUACAUCAGGGAGCAAGAGGAGCUGUGUCCACAGUGAGAAACAGUGAGAAGGCAGACAGUCUGAACCCUAAGCAGACAGACGCGAUGAGUGACUUCGCUGUGGACUCGAGCACGCUAUGCCUCUUCGAUGUUGACGGCACACUUACGGCCGCGAGACAGCGUGUCACUCCACACAUGGCGGAGUUCCUUGAGAAGCUGAAGACUCGAGUUCGAGUCGGAGUGGUAGGAGGCUCAGACCUCAACAAGAUCAAAGAGCAGCUGGGAGAUGAUGUGAUCCAGAAAGUGGACUAUGUGUUUGCUGAGAAUGGUCUUGUAGCCUAUAAGAAUGGACAGCUUCUCUCUGUCCAGUCCAUCCAGGCCCAUAUGGGAGAAGAGUUACUGCAAGAUUUCAUCAACUUCUGUCUUAACUACAUGGCCAAAAUCAAAUUGCCUAAGAAGAGGGGAACAUUCAUUGAAUUCCGUAAUGGCAUGUUGAACAUCUCCCCUAUUGGCCGGAGCUGUACACAGGAAGAGAGGCAACAGUUCUACGAGCUGGAUCAGAAAGAGAAAAUCAGAGAGAAGUUUGUGUCCACGUUAAAGGAAGAGUUCAAAGGAAAAGGGUUGUCAUUUUCAAUUGGAGGGCAGAUCAGCUUUGAUGUGUUUCCUGAUGGCUGGGAUAAGAGAUUCUGUCUGGGGAUUGUUGAGAAGGACAACUACUCAGCCAUUCACUUCUUUGGAGACAAGACCAAACCUGGAGGAAAUGACUAUGAGAUCUACUGUGACCCACGGACUAUUGGCCAUGAAGUCACCUGUCCAGAAGAAACACAGCAACUUUGUCAGCAGCUUUUCUUCUCCUGAGAAAGAGAGAGUGUGAGAAGAUACCAGCCUGUCACUGUUAUGUUCCUGUACUUUUUACAAGACAGGGGUCUUAUCUUGAGGUUUAAUUACUAAAAUAAUUUAAUGCCAUUGUCUUUUGUAGUGUCAAGGAAGGAGAAGGCAGUCAAAAACAACAAGAGGAGGGAUUUCUGAGUGUGUUUGGUUGGGUUUUGAAUGGGAGUUGUGAGUCACAGUGAUGAGAAUGAGCAGUGAACUUUUUGUUUUGUGUUAUCAGGAUUACCUCAUGGUAAGUACUGAGCCAAAAACCUUAGAAACAUAAUUUGACUACUUGCAGAGACUAACACUGAUUUUAAUAUUUUUUAUCUGCCUGCUUGUGUCUGUCAUUCCAUGUAUCCCGAUUCUCAGUCUGGUUUUAACUAAAUCCACAACUUCCACGUGACCCAGUGUGCCUCUGAUAAGCUGGAUCACAACACAUGGACCCUCAGGGGCAUGUCUGUGCAGGAAAAGUGUAGCAUAUAGCAUAUGACAAUUUAUGAAGUGUAGCAGAGGUCACAAGUAAUGCUUUGUUAUGUGUCCCACUAAUACUGGAUUUCUGAGACUGAUAUUAGAGAGUCUAAAGCGUGAUGAUAACGUGUUGGCAGAUUUUAGUUUUUAACUUCAUCGCAAAAACAAACAUUUUUGCUAUUUUGAAAGUGGUUACUGAAGAAUUGCACCUGAGCGAAACAGCUUGGAGGUGAAAAAAAAAAAAAUUGACCUGUCAGUGCUCUCCACUGACAUAUUAAGAUGGACGAUGUGCCAAAAUAUCCCAUAUACAAGGGCUGCCAUCUUGUUCCAGUGGUGCCAGAGUCUGUGCAGUAGUGAAAGAUGAGUAAGCAAUCUAAAUCUGAAGCUCAAUCUGAACUGUUGAACAUACCUCAGCAUGAUAAGAGCUACCUGUAAUGACAUAAACCAUCUUAUGGCAGAAUUUAUGUGACGUGUACUUUGAAUUUUUAGUUUGGCCCAUGUCCCAUGCUAACACGCUGUCCAUCUUUAUAUACAGUCAAUAGUGCUCUCUGAUGAACAAACUAUAUCAUGGUGUCUGUUUCUAAAUGACCUUACACACAUCUGUCACAUCUGUACUUAAUGUCUUGUUACAUGUUUCCAGUAUAUCUGUAAAAAGCUGAAACUGGACCAUAAUUGACUCUGUAUUGUGUAUUAUAAAUUGAGGGGAACAAAGAUGUAAAUGUGUUAAUAAAACAAAAUGUGAGAGCUUUCUU